UGCACAACAACAUGGCAUGGUCUAAGUUUUGUUAGAGCCUGUAACACUGAAUUGCACCAUGAUGGCCCCAGGGGACGGGUCAACCCUUGUAACAGUGCGAGAUGCGCUUGCACAGAUGGCGACAGCAAUUAGGAGCGGGAAUAUACAGGAGGCUCGAGGCAUCGGCGACCGUUGCGUGGUGCCGCUAAGCGUGACGGCCAUGGAGCUGGGCAUGUCAGGUAAGCUUUCCGAAGGCAGCGAGAGCACCGUGUACCGAGGCACCUGGCGCGGCCGGCAGGUGGCGGUGAAGAAGGUGCGCAUCUCCACCUCCGCCGACCUGGAUCGCUUCCGCUGUGAGGUGGCGCUGCUGGCGGAGCUGGGGGGACACCCCGCGGUGCUGCCGCUGCUGGCCGCCCGCGCCCUCCCCCCCGACUACCUCAUGGUGUUGCCGCUGGCCCCCGGGGGCACUGUACGGCAGGCGCUGUACGACCGGGGCUGGCGGCCCUCCUGGAGGCAGCUGCUGGGGCUGGCGCACCGGAUUGCUGCGGGUAUGGAGCACCUGCAUGCUGCGGGGGUGCUGCACCGGGACAUCAAACCCGCCAACCUGCUGCUGUUGGAGAACCCGCCGACCGCUGGGCGGCAGCAGCAGUCUCGACAGCAAUCCCAACAGGACCCCCCUCCGCUGUCGCCAGAACAACAGCAGCAGCAGCUGCAGCAGGCAGGGCAGCAGCAACCGCACCCCUCAGGUCCUCAGCCCAUGGAGGUGGAGGGUAGUGGGCAGCCCGGGGAACAGGAGGAGCAGCAGGAGCAGGAGCAGGGGGACCGCAUGGCUCUGCCGGCCGGUAUGGAUCCGGUGCGGGUGCAGAUUGCGGAUUUCGGCA